AUGGCUCGCUUUUACGCUAUGCAAGUUGUUCUAUUAUUGAUUAUCUUUGGUUCUAUUUGUUCAUCUCUAGAAGGAAGAAAGCUUCAUAUUGGUUCAGAAAAACUCAACAAGAAGACAGUUAAGCCAUCUUCAACGGACAGUUUGUUUCUCGCUUCACUUCCUAAGGGUACUGUGCCUUCUUCAGCGCCAAGCAAAAGAGGUAACUCUGUUGAAGUUGAUGAGAAGCUCGUUGCUCGUCAUCUCAUAAGUACUGAACCUGAAGUUCGGAUUCUUCUGCGAUCUGUUCCUAGUCCUGGUGCUGGCCAUUGA